AUGCCGCAAGAUCAUGUCCAAGCGCCACAAGAAGACGACGACCAGAUUAACAGAACGCUGCGAGAAAACUUGCCUGACAAUAUCAAUGAUGUGGACUUGGGAAGGCUUUUGUCUUUUAUCGGCGACNNCCCCCUAGGCAAAGGCGUGGAAAAAGUACUCUCACCGGCAGGAAACUUGGUAGGAGGAACAGGCGAAAGAAUGGCCGGCUUCACAAAACAAGACCAGCCGAAAAAGACCGAAGGCGGAUACGAGAAAUUUGGCGGUAAAGAGCAGAAUGGCGGUAACCCCCUGGGAUUGUAA